UCCGAAAUGAGAGGGCGGGACUUGAUUUCGUCCUUCGGGAAUUGAUUGGAUCGUUGGAAGUUGGCCGUUGCUAACAAAAUGGAGGCCGAGCAGAACGUGCGUUUGGAGUCUGUUAUGGCGGAGUUAUCUCCACCAGUCUCACGUUAUUAUGCUUCGGGCACAAGCUACUCUCCGAUGGAUAGCAGAGACCACCUGGAUCCUGUGGCUCCUCUGCAAAGUCUUAAUGACAUAAGUCUGGACCUUUCAUGGAGCCGUCCAGAUCCCCAGCACUCGACCCAGCCCGUAUUAGGAGGAGCAGAUCCAAUGGACCGCUUCUGCAGCCUGUUACCAGCACUAGAGUCUCCUUCUGGAUCCAGCAGUCUCGUCAACACAGAGAAAAGUGCCAUUUCUGUAGGAUUCGACCACCUGGUCUCUCUCAGAGCUUCAACCCCGUCACCUCCGGCGCUGCCUGAACUGCAGGCGGAGGGUGUGAAACUGGACGAAGUUGCCCAUUGGAAGCAGAAUCCCCUGAGCAUCUUCACGAAUGCCCCCAGUGCUCAGGCUGAAGGACCAGUGGUUGGGUGCUGCUCCACAGGUCCCAUCUGGCCCGGCUCGGACGCUUUUGACUUGAAGAAACCUUCGUUCUACAUUGAGAGAGAAGCGAUGCGUCAUGAACAAGCUUCAGUCUCUCUCAGAGCUUCAACCCCGUCACCUCCGGCGCUGCCUGAACUGCACGAAGUUGCCCAUUGGAAGCAGAAUCCCCUGAGCAUCUUCACGAAUGCCCCCAGUGCUCAGGCUGAAGGACCAGUGGUUGGGUGCUGCUCCACAGGUCCCAUCUGGCCCGGCUCGGACGCUUUUGACUUGAAGAAACCUUCGUUCUACAUUGAGAGAGAAGCGAUGCGUCAUGAACAAGCUGCAGCACUAGAGUCUCCUUCUGGAUCCAGCAGUCUCGUCAACACAGAGAAAAGUGCCAUUUCUGUAGGAUUCGACCACCUGGUCUCUCUCAGAGCUUCAACCCCGUCACCUCCGGCGCUGCCUGAACUGCAGGCGGAGGGUGUGAAACUGGACGAAGUUGCCCAUUGGAAGCAGAAUCCCCUGAGCAUCUUCACGAAUGCCCCCAGUGCUCAGGCUGAAGGACCAGUGGUUGGGUGCUGCUCCACAGGUCCCAUCUGGCCCGGCUCGGAUGCUUUUGACUUGAAGAAACCUUCGUUCUACAUUGAGAGAGAAGCGAUGCGUCAUGAACAAGCUGCAGCACUAGAGUCUCCUUCUGGAUCCAGCAGUCUCGUCAACACAGAGAAAAGUGACAUUUCUGUAGGAUUCGACCACCUGGUCUCUCUCAGAGCUUCAACCCCGUCACCUCCGGCGCUGCCUGAACUGCAGGCGGAGGGUGUGAAACUGGACGAAGUUGCCCAUUGGAAGCAGAAUCCCCUGAGCAUCUUCACGAAUACUCCCAGUGCUCAGGCUGAAGGACCAGUGGUUGGGUGCUGCUCCACAGGUCCCAUCUGGCCCGGCUCGGAUGCUUUUGGCUUGAAGAAACCUUCGUUCUACAUUGAGAGAGAAGCGAAACGUCAUAAACGAGCUGCAGCCGUGAAUUAUGCCACUUACACCUGGGAAGGGCAACUUCCUCCACGCCACUACGAAAACCCUGUUUACUCCUGUAAAGUGUUCCUGGGAGGUGUGCCGUGGGGCAUCACAGAUGUGAUUCUGUUGAACACAUUUAGUGUGUUUGGUCCACUGAGAGUUGAGUGGCCUGGUAAAAAUGGUAAAAACCCACACAGUCCUCCGGGAGGUUAUGCGUACCUGUUGUUUGAGCGGGAGGAGUCAGUGAAGAGGCUCCUGCAGUCCUGUACUCAACACCGCCUGCAGCCUGAUGAUUAUAUCGAGUUCUUCUGCAAACUGUCCAGCAGGCGGAUCCAGAGCCAAAAUGUGCAGGUCAUCCCGUGGGUUAUCUCAGACAACAAUUUCGUCCGUUGUCCCUCCCAGCUUCCUUGCUACAAAAGGACUGUGUUUGUGGGCGCUCUGCACAGGAUGCUAAAUGCAGAAGGUCUGGCCCACAUCAUGGACAGUCUCUUCGGAGAGGUCACCUACGCAGGCAUGAACACAGACAUGUACAAAUAUCCCACAGGUUCUGCCAGAGUGACAUUCAGGUAUGAGGGGAGCUACUUGAAUGCCUUGACUGCAACGUUUGUGCAGAUAAAAACCUGCAGGUUUCGCAAGAAGAUCCAGAUUGACCCGUUUCUGGAAGACUCCAUAUGCCAAAUAUGUAACCGUGAGCCCGGCCCGUUCUUCUGUAGGGCCCAGGCUUGUUUUAAAUACCACUGUUGGUCAUGCUGGCGUUGGCAGCACUCUCUGGAUGUAUCGAGCAGCAAGCAUCAGCCUCUCGUGCGCAACCAGAUGGGCCUGAACACCAAAUAAACCCAGCACUGGCGUGGUUUAUAGACCCACUGCAAUCAGGCCCUUUAGACAUUUAAUGAUGUCAAGGGUGGCUGGAUUGACAUUUGUUGAAAGUGAUGUUGUUCUAAUGUGAUUUUUUUUUUUUUUGUAUGGUGCUAAUAAAAAGAUCCAAACACAACA